ACGCGUGAUGACUAAUAAUUCACCGUUGAAACGGUAUCUAGUAAGCCGGCUCUGUUAGUACCACACUAUACUGAUUUGUCCGCAGUUCCAUCCUUCGCAAAAGAUUUGUGGGUGCUGUUCCUCGUUCGACCUGUUUCGUGUUCUCAGCCAAUUGAUCUGAAAUGUCUGAUCCUCGCCUUCGUCAGCUAACCAUCAAAACAGGUGUUGUGAAGCGUCUGUCGAAGGAAAAAGUUGUGUAUGAAAAGGAAGUCGUUACACAGCAGAACCGCAUCGACAAGCUGAAAGCGUCCGGUUCCGAUGACCAUGUGCUGCGCAAGCAGGAGGAGGUGUUGCAGGAAUCGAUGAUGAUGAUUCCGGACUGCCAGCGACGUUUGGCUAAAGCACACGAGGAACUUUCAGAAAUGAUCAAAAACGAAGAAGAACUUAAAGAGACGGAACAGUACCAAGCAGCCGUUGCAGUGCUUGAUGAAGCCAAAGCUAACCUUCCGCAAAAGAUUACUGCGUAG